AUGGCCAGUGGUCAUCAGGACUCUUCAUUUCAUCUUCUUUUUUGGCUUGAGCCUGAUAAUAGCAUAACCAAAACAUGCUUUCCACCUGAGCGCAGUCGUGAUUCCGACUUUGACAUCGGACUCCACCAUUCCCGGAGGGGAAGCACGACGUUGGCUACAAUUGGACGCGAUGCCAGCUGCGAUAUCGUGAUCAAUGACCCCAUCAUCUCAAGGCUACAAUGCUCCUUUGAGAUAAACCCCGCCAACGGCAUCAUCUUUCUAGUCGACAGGUCUCGGUUCGGUUCUACCGAUGUCGGUGGCCAAAAGAGCAGUGGGUUCCCUCGCACUGCCCAAAGAGAAGUCGUUGUACUCCCUGACUUCAAUGACGAACUGUACUUGGGUGGCAAGCAGGGAUACAAAUUCCGCAUCCAUUGGAAUUUGGCAGCCUCUAACAUUGUAAGGCAUGCCAAAACAUUUGCCAAUGAUGUUGUGCCCAAGCCUCCUCAACGCACUCUGACCAUAGAAAUUGGUGACGAGUAUCGAAAAAACAGGAUCGGGGCAGAUGAUGCGUUGACUGCGGUGCAGUCGCGAGCAAUGUCCAGGCUUUACACCCCGGGUGCAGAGCCCCAGGAAAUGGCAUGGGAACCCAUUGAGACAAUUCAAGAAAAUAAGCAUGGAAGCGUCUCACGCGCUGCUAAUGCCUUCACUUGCGGCCUGAUUGCUGUCAAAAAAAUCAAAGCAGAAGGACUUAGGGGAAGCCGAAGCUCUAUGCUACAGCUUGAGAAGACCGUGGAAUCCCUGCGGGAUAUAUCGCAUGAUCAUAUCUUAGGCAUUAUCGCAUCGACCGGUUGGUGUGAUGAUACCCUUGAGAUUGCCAUGGAACUCAAAGAUGGCAACCUCCAGUCACUGGUCAAUUCAUGGAGAGAUUGCCUUCCGCAUCGCUCUGCCAUUGAUAGCUUGGGAUUCAGGGCUAUGUACCACUCUCUUCUUGGUUUAAGAUGGCUACACCACCACCAUUUCAUCCAUGGCUCCGUUACGCCUCAUAACAUCCUCUUCACCCAAAGGGCUGGUAAUUUCAAAUCUGUUCACAGUUUCCACUUCGUACUUGCAGACUUUGGCCUUAGCACCGCCGACUCGAAGAACGAGUACAACCAAAUCUUUAUUGCUCCAGAGCGCCAUUACCCUGAUAGAAGAUCUAGCAGGAAGUCUGACAUUUGGUCUCUUUACGUCACGAUGCUAAUGGUUCUGCGAGUUGAUGAUGACUUCUCUUUCAACAUCAGAUCCUAUGACAUGGAGAUGGGCCAACAUUUCGACAAUAUCGUCCAAACUGCGAGGAGUACCACUGGGAGUCUGCAGAACCUCCACGUUAUGGCAAGACAGGAUCCAGAGGAGCGAUGGUCUGCAAACGAAGUUCUAGAACACUUCUUCAAACAGGGCUUCUUCGUCGACCGCCCCUUGCCACCCCCAGACCUGCUUCCUCGUGAUAGGAGGCAGUACGGCCCAAGUUCCUACAGGGCCCCGAGAAGGAACCUCACAAGACAGUCAACGAUGGAGAAGCUGAAGCAGACUGGGGACAAUAUUCUGCGGCGCAUCACAGGUGAUAUCUCUGAUGCCGUUGGGAGAAGGGGAAUGACUUUCAGAGGACAUGAUUAA